GGCCUGCGGGAAACUGCCGCUUGCCGGCUCCCUCCCAGACAUGACCGCCAGCACGGAUAUGUAUGUUAAGCUGCAGGAGAUCUACGGCAGCCGCGCCGAGGGCGACUACGCCGCCAUCACCGCGCACGCGGCGACCAUCCAGAAAGAUCUCGGGGUUUCCAGGACCAUACCGCCGGAGUACAUCAAGCGUUUCUGCCAGAACGCUCAGUACGCGGAGCUGUUCAGCUUCAGGACGCUCGAGGACGAGUUCCGCCCCUGCAGCCCCGAGGAGGGCGGAGUGGACCUGGAGGGCGAGUGCGGCGACGAGGAU